AUGUCUUAUCUUCUUCGCUCCGAUCCCGUUUCUCGGAUUCACCCGGAUCCUCGAUCCCUAGACGACAUCGAUCACUUCGACCUUCUUCCCGACUCGCUUCUCCUCCUCAUCUUCGAUAAAGUCGCCGACGUCAAGGAUCUCGGCCGUUGCUCCAUCGUCUCCCGUCGAUUCCACUCCCUAGUCCCUUUCGUUGAGAACGUCCUCGUCCGCGUUGAUUGUGUCAUCUCAGAUGAUGAUUCCUCCGCCGACGAUCGUCGUUUCUCUCUCAACGCCGCGUCGAUUUCGGAUGCCGCCGCUGGUGGCUCCUUCUCCGCGCUGUUCCGUCUCGUGUUCGCCCCGAUUUUCAAGCCGUUUCAAGCGCUGGGGCAGUUUCUAGUGCCGAGGCGAUCGUCGUCACCGUUCGACGCGUCGUUCUCAGCGCUCGGAGAUGAAAUCGGAAGCGAGAUCGAGCAGGGAGGUGUGACGCACCACUCGCCGACGCAGGUGUUGAAAAACUUCGCCGAGAUUCGGUUUCUGAGAAUCGAACUGCCGACGGGGGAAUUGGGAAUCGAGGACGGUAUCUUACUGAAAUGGAGAGCGGAUUUCGGAUCUACGCUCGACAAUUGCAUGAUCCUCGGCGCGUCUUCGGUGACUCGGUCGAAUUCGAAUCCCGUCAAGAAUCUCGAGAACACCCUCGAUUCCUCCGGCAUUGACGACAAUGGUAACAUACCUGAGUCGUUCUACACCAAUGGAGGACUUAAGCUCCGAGUAGUUUGGACGAUUAGCUCUUUAAUCGCCGCCUCGGCUCGGCAUUACCUUCUCCAGCCGAUCAUCACGGAGCACAAGACCUUAGAUCGUCUGGUUCUCUCCGACGCCGACGGACAAGGCGUCCUGUCUAUGAACAGAGAGCAGCUCGAAGAGCUCAGAGUGACUCCCUUAUCGGCUUCUUCCGCUUCGAAGCGGACGCUCGUGCCGGCACUGAACAUGAGGCUUUGGUACGCGCCGCAACUGGAUUUACCAGAUGGCACGGUUCUGAAAGGCGCGACAUUGGUGGCUAUUAGGCCGAGCGAGUCGAAGAAGGAAGUGUGUGAUGCUUCUUGGUUGGCUGAUGCAUUCGAGGAGCCGUUUGGGACUGCGGCGAAGAUGUUGAUCAAGAGGAGGACUUACUGUCUCGAGAUGAACUCCUUCUGA